AUGCUUUGUUUCCCUCAACCCAUAGGUACCAAGAUGGCUCUGAAGUUUCUAAAGAAGAAAACAACCAAGCUGAAGAGUUUCUUGAGAGAGUACAGCAUCUCGCUCUGUCUGUCUCCAUGUCCCUUCAUCAUCAACAUGUUUGGCAUUGCGUUUGAAACAGAGGAAUACUAUGUUUUUGCGCAGGAAUAUGCGCCGUCCGGUGACCUGUUCGAUAUCAUUCCACCACAGGUGGGUUUGCCGGAGCCGGUGGCGAAGCGCUGCGUCCAUCAGGUGGCCAUCGCUCUGGACUACCUGCACUCCAAAAAGCUGGUGCACAGAGACAUCAAGCCCGAGAACAUCUUAAUCUUUGACAAGGAGUGUCGCAAGGUCAAGCUUUCGGACUUCGGCAUGACGCGGCGUGCCGGCUCGCCGGUGAAGCGUGUGAGUGGCACCAUCCCGUACACGGCUCCUGAGCUCUGCGACACGACCAAGCACGAGGGCUUCUGCGUGGACUACAGCACAGACGUGUGGGCCUUCGGAGUGCUGCUGUUCUGCAUGCUGACUGGGAACUUCCCCUGGGAGAAGGCCAUGCCGUCCGACACUUUCUACGAGGAGUUUGUGCGCUGGCAGAGGCGGCGGACCGGCGCGGUGCC